GCUUAUUGUCUGCGCGAGUCGGUUCGGCCUUGUUGUCGGCUUUGGGGAAUCGAUUUAAGACGCGAAAGAGUUCGUGUUUUGUUUCCGUCUGAUUAGGAGGUCGGUAUUAAAGCCUCCUUUGGUCGGCGUUAUCUCCACAUUCUAACAACCAGCCGGGUCUUUGGUGAUAUUCCUUUGUAAAUACUGUUAUUUGUAUAUACUGUAAAUGAUGACUUCAGUGGGCGGAAGCCGGACCCGGGGCAACUGGGAGCAGACGCAGGGUCAGACACAGAGCCAGUCACAGCACAAGCAGAGGCCCCAGGCCACCGCUGAGCAGAUCCGACUCGCGCAGAUGAUCUCGGACCAUAAUGAUGCAGACUUUGAGGAGAAGGUCAAACAGCUGGUUGACAUCACAGGAAAGGAUCAGGAUGAGUCCAUGAUAGCGCUUCAUGACUGCAAUGGAGACGUCAACAGAGCCAUCAAUGUCCUGUUAGAGGGCAGCCCUGACACUGACUCAUGGGAGAUGGUUGGAAAGAAGAAAGUUUCAGGUCAGAAGGAAAGCGCACAGACAGAUGGAGGAGAUGAAGGAAAGGAGAACCGAGAGAGAGGAGGAGAAAGAGAUGUGGCACGUCGCAGAGGAGGGGCCCCACGGAGGGGCCGUGGAGCCAGCCGCGGACGCGAGUUCCGUGGGCAGGAGAAUGGUUUGGAUGGGGCCAAGGCAGGUGGAGUCGCGGGCAGAGGAACUGAGCGAGGCCGUCGGGGAAGAGGCAGAGGAAGAGCAGGUGGAGCUGGAAGACGAGGAGGGAGGUUUUCAGCUCAGGGCAUGGGCCAGAUUGAUAAGGGCCCCAGAUAUGAUUUUUCAGGAGAUGAGAGUACAUUCAACCCAGCGGACUACACUGAGCCAGCCCAAACAGAGGAGAGCUACACAAGCGGCAGCACUUGGAGUAACACAGGCAAUCUGGAACCUGAGGAUGGAAACCGGCUUGAGUUUACAGGUGGAGAGGGAACAAACUAUCCUCUGAAGUUUGACUCCGCCCCUGGUGCUUGGAGAACUGCCACGGAAGAGUGGGGCACGGAGGACUGGAAUGAGGAUUUGUCAGAGACCAAGAUAUUCACUGCCUCCAGUGUGGCAUCCAUGCCCAUUCCACAGGAGAAUGUCACCAUUACUGCUGGACAGAGGAUUGAUCUGGCUGUGUUGCUGGGGAAAACGCCUCCCUCUUCCUCUGAAGCAGAGCCUGCUUCACUUGAAGGCCCACAGCCACCAUCUCUGUCUCAGUCUCUGGUGUUCAGCAACUCAAAGCAGACAUCAUCACUGUCCCAGUCCUCCUCCAGUGCUCCUUACAGCCAGCACAACAUGGUAAGCAUGCUCGGUAAGGGUUUUGGAGAUGUUGGGGAUCCAAAAACAACCACUGGAGGUUCGACGACUGGUUCUCAAUUCCUGGAGCAGUUUAAGACAGCCCAGGCUUUGGCCCAGCUGGCGGCCCAGCACUCACAAAGUGGACCACCCAACGCUGGUCCUUCUACCUGGGAUACCAGCCCAUCUACACUGGGGCAAUAUGAUAUGAAACCUCAAACAGAGCCUGUGCACAGUCCCUUCACCAAACGGCAGCCCUAUCAGCCAGCCUCCACUUCCUCCUCCAUGAUGGAUGCCUUCUUGCAGGACAAAACCACAGCCCCUUCUAGCACCUCGGCUCUACCCUCUCAGUCCACCCAGGUAUCUUCACUUGCCCAGGCCAUCAUCACCCCGGUCUCCAAACCCCCAGGACCUGCUCCAGGCCAGCAGAACUCUUCCAGCCCCGCUGACCUGCAGGCAUCCAGCCCACUCCCCCUGCAGCAGCACAAACUCAAACAGCAGAAGAAGAGGGCUUCCAUCACAACCAAGAUCCCAGCUCUGGCAGUGGAGAUGCCGGGUUCAGCGGAUAUAUCCGGACUCAACCUGCAGUUUGGAGCAUUACAGUUUGGCUCUGAACCGGUGCUUCCUGAGUAUGAUGCCUCUGCAGCUGUUGCCACGACAACACCAGGCAACCAAGGCCAGAACAGCCUAUACACAAGUGCUAGCAAUGAGCAAGCAACAGCCCUGUCUAACCCCAGUCAGAUGGAGCUAUACGAGUCAAGAGCCAAUCAGACACGGCGGUACCCCCCCUCUGUGUCGUCCUCCCCACAGAAAGACAUGCAGACAAAGAAUGGGUUCAGCUCGAUACAGACGUCACAAUCUCUGGAAGCUGCAGCAGGCUCUGCAGUGCCCGUGAAACCAGUGUCUGAAUCAGUCGUCCCGCCAUCAGUUUCCAACAUGGUGUCAUUGGCCGAUCCCUCAUCAGGCCCUCCUUCCUUGUUGACUACGUCCAAUCAGACUCCUCUCAGUGCUCUUGGCCACGAAGACGUCUCACCCAGCUCAUUGGCCUCUCAGCACAAUAACUCCCUUUCUACACAGCAAAACAGUUUGGCACCUUCUUCAGUUCGCACUUCAAACACGAGUCUGCUGCACCCAGCGGACAGUGAUUCCAGCUUGCACUCCUCAUCCUUCUCUGUCUCUGCCGUGGCUCCAUCUUCAGUUCCUCCUCCAUCGUCAAUUACUUCAGUGGCCCCCGUUUCUCACAGUGGCCCAGUUGUACCCUCUUCAUCUGUCAGUUUGGUCUCCACACAGUCAUCCAUGGGGCCAGUCGGUUUGACCAUGGGGUUGAACAAUGCUGCGGGUGUGGUUUCAAUGGUACCUCCUUCAGCUGCUGCAUCUUCAUCAUCCUCUGCUGCCUCUGCGGCACCUUCAUCUGCCUCGUUGUCUCGCAGCACGGCUGCCUCAGGGAAAGCACCUCCAAACCUGCCACCUGGAGUGCCGCCACUGCUGCCCAACCCUUACAUUAUGGCUCCUGGCCUGCUUCACCCAUACCCACCGCAAGUUUAUGGCUACGAUGAUUUACAGAUGCUGCAGACCAGAAUACCACUGGACUAUUACAGCAUCCCGUUUGCCACUCCAACCACAGCACUGACUGGCAGGGAAGGCGGUUUGACAAGUAACCCUUAUUCUGCUGGGGACCUGUCGAAGUUUGGACGUGGUGAUGCAUCGUCUCCUGCCCCUGCCACAACACUGGCCCAGCCUCAGCAAACCCAGACACAAACGCACCACACCACCCAGCAGCCCUUCCUCAACCCAGCCCUUCCGCCUGGAUACAGUUACACCAGCCUGCCCUAUUACACUGGUGUGCCCGGUCUGCCCAACACCUUCCAGUAUGGCCCUGCCAUGUUUCCGGUGGCUCCUACCUCCUCCAAACAGCACGGUGUGAAUGUUGGUGUCAAUGCGUCAGCUACGGCCUUCCAGCAAGCUAGUGGUUAUGGAUCACACGGAUAUAGCACUGGCUAUGAGGAUUUGGGCCAGGCUUCGGCAGGGAGUGGGGAUUUCUGUAAGGGUGGUUACAGCACCGCCGUUGCUGCAGCCGCUGCUGCUGCCGCUGCCGCCGCUGCUGCUUCUGCGCAAAACAAGCCCGCCAGCUCCGUCACCGGGCCCGGAGUGGGAGUCUCUGUGACAUCGAGCAACACGGGAGUCCCUGAUAUUUCAGGGUCUGUUUACACAAAGACGCAGUCUUUUGAGAAGCAGGGUUUCCACACAGGAACCCCCAGCGCUUCCUUCAGUUUGCCCUCGGCUCUCGGCAGCGCAGGCCCCAUCAACCCACCUGCUGCAGCAGGUUACGCUCCUGCUCCAUACAUGCACAUCCUGACGCCGCAUCAGCAGCCACACUCACAGAUGCUCCACCACCAUCUGCAGCAGGACGGACAGAGUGGCUCUGGACAGCGCAGUCAGAACGCCUCCAUUCAACAAAAGUCCCAGAUCAACAAGUCUGGAUACAACAGCUACAACUGGGGAGGCAAUUAACACCCCGUCCCGUUCGGCUCUGUCUGCAGUUCCAAAGGCUGGAUCAAUGGAAGUUUUCUUUUCUCCCCCAGAUGAUCUCCUAUAUUUUUUUUCCUCCCUCAGUCCUCUACGGCGUCCCUCUCCUCUCUCUCUCUCUGUCUGCUCGGUCACCCUGCAGCUCCAGCCUCAGUCCACAGGCGGUGCUGUUCUGAGAGAGAUGCAGCACUGUAAGCGCCGCCACACCAGGAUGAGACGAGGGGGAGACAUCUGAACGCCAAUAUAUGGAUAGUUACUUAGGCCUUCACGAUGGGAGUAUUGAGUAUUCGAAGUUUGUAUUGUUCAAAGUGCAUAAAAAGCCCUUAAAUCCCCCCUCUCCUUUAAUUUUCAUUCUGUAACAUAGAAGUUUUCUAAAAGGACAGAUGUUUGGGUGUUUUUGUUUUCCUUCCCUCCUCCUUUUCCUUUCGCUGACAGAUAAAAUGAAAAAGAGUGGUUUGAUUGAGGAAGAGAGGGCAGGAUUUGAGUUUGUUUUCCCUCAGAGUUCAUGAUUUUUCUUCUUUCUCUCUCUUUGCGUCAUCUGCAGUCCUCUGUUCCCAUGCUAUACAAUUUUACCAAAUUUUAUUUUGGGCAAAAAGGAAGAUCUCACUCUAAAUCGACUAGUUGCAGUUGUGAAGUUUAUUUUUUACCAAAUAUAAAUAGCUAUAUGGAGAUAACAAAAAACAAACAAACAAACAAAGUGUAUAGGUGAGUUGACAGGCUUCGGAUCUGUAUUGCGUGUGUGUGCAUGUGCGUUUGGGUUUAUUUUCGACGCGAGCGAAUGGAUGGGUUGCAUCGUCAGGGUGGCCAGUGUAUGAAUGUUGUGCUUCUAGACUAGGCUUCAAUGUGUCAUUUUAAAUCCUUUAUUGGAGCCUUACUGUACUCUCUGGAUGUGAGAAGUGCACUGGUCACCUUAUACUUCAGAUUGUUAUUAUUAUUUUCCUUCCGCAGACUGAUUUAUUAACCGCACUUCCUGUUGCAGGGAGAAUGGAUUGCGUUCAGGCAUGACUUUUGACCUCGUUGUUUUGCCAUAAGCGUGACGUUUCUCUCAUUUGCUUUGGGAUUAAGAGGUCACCCUGUGUGUUUUUGUUUGGGCCACCCUGUGUUUAUCUGUCCUUCUGUCUGACCUGCAGUCUUUCUCCUCCCGUAUGUCCCCCCCCCCCAAAUAUAUUCUUUUAGUAAUCUGAUUAUUAGGAAAGUGCUGAUGGACAGAAUUGUACUAUGGGUAUUUUUUUUUUCUUUUUGUUUUCUUUUCUUUGUCAGUGACUUUCUUUUUGUACUGUGCGUUUUAAAAAAGAUUUAAAUGGAUAAACUUGUCUUGUACAUAUAUAUAUAAAAACACAAGUACUGUAGUCUGUUUGUUUGAUGGCUUCUUUUCUUCCCCUCUCGAAUCCUUACACAGACUUGUUAGCAUUUGGUUUUGUUUCAUAAUGUUUUUUUAUUUUGUAAAAAAUAUAUAUAUAAAUAUUAAGUAAAUAAACAAGAAAAAGACAUUUUCAUCAAUUUUUUUGGAUGUGAAUGUCUUUUUUAAGAAAACUGA